AUGUCUGAGAAAGGGCCAGAAGAAAAGAAAAAGCAACCUUUACCCCCUCUGUUUAAUUUUAUAAAUGCUGGCCUUUCGGGGUAUGUUAGUGUAAUUUUAAAUAUUCUAUUCUUUACUGCCACUUUAUUUUAUCUUUUACAUAUCUCUGAAAGUGAAAUAUUAAAUGAAAUAAACAAAUGAUAUCGUAAUAAAAAAUGGUGAAUUAUUAAAUUGUUAAAUAUUUAAACUAAAUUGAAUUAAAUUUAAUUUUACAUUACACAAAUUUAAUAGAUUAAAGAAUCUUAUCAUUUAACAUUUAAUCAUAAAAUUUAUUCAAUUCAUUGUUCAUUCAUUUUCCAGAAUAAUAUAAUUUUUCAGAGUUAAUCUUUAUAACAGUGGCUUUGUAAUGCAAAUUUUCCAGGAUGGCAGCGACAUGUUUUGUUCAUCCUAUGGAUGUAAUAAAGAAUCGAAUUCAGAUACAAAGGGAGAAAAUUUCGAUCGGUAAAAUUAUCACUUCCAUAUACAAAGAUGAGGGCAUUCUUAAAUUUUAUUCCGGACUUAGCGCUGGUCUUGUACGACAGGCGACUUAUACCACUGUAAGGCUUGGUAUAUACAAUCAACUACAAGAACACUGGAAGCAGAACUACGUGGGGAAACCUAAUUUUGGUGUAUUAUCACUGAUGGCAGCUACAGCAGGAGCUAUAGGAGCUUUUGUUGGUACACCAGCGGAAGUAGCUCUUGUAAGAAUGACAGCCGAUGGCAGGUUACCACCAGAGCAACGAAGGAAUUACAAAAAUGUGUUCAACGCAUUUACAAGGAUAUCUCGAGAAGAAGGAGUCACCACUCUUUGGAGGGGAAGUGUAGCGACGAUGGGACGAGCGGUGGUUGUUAAUGUGUCACAACUUGCAUCUUAUAGUCAAGCCAAAUUUUUAAUAUCUUCAAAAAACGCAUUUUAUUUCACAGUGCAUAUACCGGAAGGUAUUGGUCUACAUUUCUCUGCAUCAAUGUUAUCUGGAUUCCUCACUACUUUCAAUUCUAUGCCAUUCGAUGUAACUAAAACAAGAAUACAAAAUUUAAAGGAUGUAGGAAAACCACCUGGUAUGAUCACAAUGUUAAUGUCAAUAGCAAGAUCUGAAGGUAUAAAGGCACUUUGGAAAGGUUUCUGGCCUACGUAUUGUAGAGUAGGCCCACAUACGGUACUAACGUUUCUAAUUAAUGAACAAAUCGUCAAACUAUACAGACUAUACGCGACAUAA